GACAUGGACACAACAAAUAUGAAAACGCAGAUAAAGAGACGAAUCAGUUUUAGUGGCAAAAACUCAGUUAGGGUAUUUCAUGGAGAAGAAGAACCAAAGACAUGGAAUAACUCGUAUGAAAUUUCGGAUCAUUUAAAUGUGAACGAAACUGCAUCCAAUUUAGGUGCACCAUCAAUGAAUAAAAACCCACGAAGUUCACUCAAAAAGAAAGAAAAUAACAAGGAAAAUAUUGUUCAAUCUACUACAAAGCAACAAGAGAUGCAAAUGGAAAUCAAUUACCAUCAGCAAAAUGUACUACCCAUUAGCAACAAUCUUUCAAUCCUUAGUGCGACUAAAGAUCUGAUAAAUGUUUCGUAUCAAAAUCAAAAUAGUAAAAUGCACCAUAUUGAGAAUAGCGUCGACAUAACACUGUACGAUAGAGAAAUGCAAUUUCAAAUGGAACAAAACAAUGCUGGCGAAGAAACAAACAAUUUGUAUAGUUUUUCAUUAGAAGACCAUGAAAAAGAAGCUCGAUCAACUAUAUUUGGUGAAAGAACAGUUGAUUUUAUGCGAGAAUUAAGGGGUGAUUCGUCAAAUUUGAGAGACGUUUCAGAAAUAUGCGAUAUCAAAAGUGUUACAGUUUUCACAGAAUAUAUGGACGAGGACCAAUAUCUUGAUUUUACAUGUACCAAAGGUAAAAAUGCAAAGGAGCCAAUAACAAUUUAUAUGAACGAUUCCUUGUCAAUAUCAAGCAAUGAGCAGGAUUCAGCUUCAAACAGAAAAGCUAACAAUAAAAGAAAAACCAUACAACAAGCCACAGAUAUGCAUCUAUCACCCAAUAUGGCAAAACAAUAUGACAAAGAGAAUGUUAAUCCAGUCUCAACAAGAAAUACCAACGAAACUCAAAAUGAUUGUUUCGAAAUGGAAAUUAACGAAGAAAUAUUUUCGCAACCUAAAACAAAUGAUGUAAAUGUUGAAAAAGAAACGAUUGCGUUUCAUGAAAAACUAAAUCGUUUGUCUUUUUUACAAGAAUCCGAUGAUAAUAUGCAAAUAGAUCAUAGUCUACACACUCGUAAUAGAGAUCCAAAUAUCAAAUCGAGGCCAACGAUCAACAUUAAUGAGACCAUUGAAAUGUCACCAAAAGAUACAUUGAGCAAAAAUAAAACAAAUUCCAGACAAACAAUCACUUUUAACCAACCGAUUGAAAUAUCACCCGAAAGCAAAUGUAUAAACCCUCAGAGAAAUAAACCUCGAAAGAGUAUUAAUUUUAAUAAGACAAUUGAACUUUCUCCGAUUAAUGUAAAUAUAAAACCGGAGUAUAAUUUUUUUCCUAAAGAUAAGUCUCGGCAAACUAUAAACUUUAAUAAGUCCAUGGAAGUUGAUUCUCAAAUCGGAACCGUUGCCGAGUGUAGCCAACAUGGAGCCAUACCCAAAGUAAAAGCUCGUCCUACUAUAAAUUUUAACCAACCCAUAGAAACCAGUCCACCCAAAGUUAAAAGCAAUUUACCCAGGCAAACGAUUAAUUUGAAUGAAGAUAUAUGUGAGUCUCCCGUGAAGUUAAUACAAGAUCCUGUUUCUGCCAACAGCUUAAAUGCGCCAGCCAGUAUCAGCAAACAAGGCCAACUACCUAAGUUAGUUGUUCGCAAGAUAUGUGCACCACUUGUAAAUAAAACAAAAAAUCCAAUUGAUUUGGAGCAACAAAGAAUGCUGCGGUACAAAAAGAAAAGAGAACAAAAAGUGCAGACUGGUAACGUUAAAGAUGUUGAAUCUGUAGCAAUAGCAACAAAAAAUUCACCAAAAGCAGAUAAAUCCUUAAAUUUCUCAUUGAAUAAUGUAAAAAAUAUGUCUAUGUCGUCAGAAUCGUCGUCACCUUUAAUUCCAUCCGAAUUUAAAGCGUUCAAUCUUAAGCAGUUAAAUGAUGAAAUUGAACAUGGUAAAAUAAACGUCUUUGCAAAUGUUCCCAAAACUCCCAAUACAGAUCGAAAGGCCCGAAAUGCCGCAUCCAACUUUCAUUCGAAACAUGAUCAAUUAUCUCAACCAUCCACAAAACAAAGAAGAACUCUUGUCUUUGAGGAUGUAGACAUACCGAUAUCGACCGACGACACCAUGAACAAGAACUCAAAAACUGUAAAAUCAAAUAACUAUUUCGAUUUUAAUAUUACACAAGAUGUCGUCGUUAUACAAGACAGGAAAAAUAAUGCUAAAUACCGCUACUCACAAGCCGAUGAUUUAAUGCUGGACAAUACAAGUUUUCUAACAAGAGCCAAAUUGAGUGAUGAGACCGUAUCCAGGAAUAGUUCAAAGAGGGAAGUAACACAAUUGAAUGACAUCAUGGAUUUAUUUGAUGAAUCAUUAAGGGAUGCCGCAAGUAAACUAGAUAAAGGUUUGCCAGGUUCAAGUGUGAAGAAUAAAAAAUUGUGCUAUGAUACGCUUAGUUCCAUGUUUCAAAAUGCCAAACCAAUAUUUACACAAACAAUUACAAAUAUAAAAGAAUGUAAUAACUUUAUAGAUGCAUAUGAUAUAAUGGACAUUUCAAAUGAUGUCGAAUCUUGUAAAUUUAAGAAACAUGGACAAAAUGUCGACAGCAACAUACAUCAUAAGGUGCAAACUAUAUAUUUAAAUGAUAACAAGGAAUCGUGUGAUAACACAAACAUUUGUAAUAAUAUCAACAAUAAAAAUCAAAAUGAUAUUCAUGAUUCGCAAAGUGCAACAAGCAUUUGUGCAAAUAACGAAAUGGAAAAUGAUUACAAUUAUGGCCAGGAUAUGGAAAAGCAACAACAGAUAUCAGUCGAGAAAAGUACAAGGCAAACAAUUUUAUUCAACAAUGAUAUUGAGGAACAGGAUCCCAUAAAGAAGCAGAUAUCCUCAAGGCAAACUUUAUGUCUCAGUGAGGAUGUAGAUCAAGACUUAAAUAAUCAAAAUAAAGGUCGCUUAGGAAAAUGUGCAAGACAAACAACCUAUAUAAACACUAAUAUUGAUGAAUCAUUUAACACUGAUGCUAAGAAAGAAAAUUCAAUAAAAUCAACAAUUUUGUAUGGUCAUGAUGAUUUUCAUGUUGAUAUUGAUGACAAACCAAUUGGAAUUACUAUGCAUUGUGAAGACGAACAUAUAAACAUGCAAGAUAAUGUUGUCAAUAAUCGUCAAAUACAAACCUUGUAUUUUAACGAAGAUAUCGCAGAUGACAUGGUGUCUGAUGAGGCAAAUCAUCAAUUACAGGAACAUGUAAAUGUUAAAAAUAGUCACGAAAUAUCCGAAGAAUCUAUAAAACCUCGAAGACAUACCGCUUACUUUGGCGAUGAUAAUAUUAUAGAUGAGAAUUUAGUAAUGGCCAAUGAACUUGAGAAUUUAGGAAACCUUAAAAAUCAACAAUCUUUAAUGUAUCACCAGGAUAUUAACUUGGACGGAACUAUUGCAAUACAAUCAUUAGAAAAAUCAUCGAAUCAAAUUGAGAAUAACAUUGAAACUGAUCAAAUGGAUAUGAGCAUUAGCAAUUCAAAACCAAUGAGGAAAACACUGUAUUUCAACAAUGAAAUUCCGUUAGAAAAAGAGACGAUAAUAAUUGAGAAUAACAUUGGAACUGAUCAACGGGAUAUAAACAUUUGCAAUUCAAAACCAAUGAGGAAAACACUGUAUUUCAACAAUGAAAUUCCUUUAGAAAAAGAAUCGAUUCAACUUGUGAAAAAUGUUGAGGAAGAAAACACUAAAACAGGUAUUUGCAAUUCAAAUUCAAUGAGGAAAACAUUAUAUUUCAACAACGAAAUUUCAUUUGAAGCUGAAUCGAUUGAAACUGAGAAAAAUAUUGAAGCUGCAAAACAUGAUACAUUUAUUGGUAAUUCAAAGACAACGAGGAAAACGUUACAUUUCAACAAUGAUAUUUGCGAACUGGAUGAAACUAAAGCCCAGACUGUAGAUCAUCAUUUGUGUAAAAAAGUCUCACAAUCUAGAAAAAGCAUACAUAUAGCUCAAGAUAUGGAGGUAACGCUCAACGAGCUAAUGCCGGAAGUUGAAGACAAAUCAGAUCCUCCAUGUCCAAAUAAUGAUCAGUCGAUGGAACGCACUCUUGAUGCAACUAUUAGCAAUAAAGCUGAUACCAAAACAGGUAUGCCGCCACGUAGAAAGAGUAUAUAUACCGUUGAAUGUAUGGAUUUGGACGAACAAGAAAACAAUGCAAUUGUUAAUGAAUCCCAAGUAAGCACAAAAUUGCAUAACGCAGACGAUUUUAUUAUGGAUUUGAGUUUAGAUGUUGGACAGCCUAUUCAAAGUACUCCUGAAGAAGAAGAUGAAGUAGAAAACGUUUCUAAAGAAAGUAAAGAAUUGUCUUUGUCCGAAAAUGAUCAUCCAAAUAAAGAGAAGCGGAAAACUUUAUAUUUUGAUGACAAUAAUGAAAUGUCACUUGAUCAAACGUUUACACCCGCAGAAAGUUAUCAAUUCUCCGAGCCUGCAGAACCUAUAAAUGCCGCAAAAAUGACUUUGGCACGCCACAUCAGUUCAAAUUUACUGAUCCACAAAUCAAAAAUAACCAACAAACAGGAAAAUGCUCCAAUGACUCCUGUGAAAUUUAGUGGUAGUAACUCAAAUAAUCGUUUGUUUUUCAUGACACCCCGACUAUCGCUUUUGGAAUUUACAGCUGCUGAAAAGAAGGCUAGAGAAGAAGAAUUUAAUAGUCCCCUUCGAAACGAAAACACCAAUAAACGUUUACCCGUCAAUUUAACGCCAGUACUUUCAAUUCCAAAAAAGAGACAAACAUUAUUAUUUGACGAUUGUCUAAUGGAUGAAUCGGACACAUCUCCACCAAUUGUAAGUCCUAUCGAACAGGCUAAUGAUAUAGAAGAACCAAUAAAGCAGGUGCCAUUUGACCUAAGUAAGCACACAAUAACUAAUGAAUGUAGCAUUGAAAAAAGUUUAAGUUCUAACGAACAGGCUAAUGAUAUGGAAGAUACAAUGAGGCAGGACCCAUUUGACCUAAGUAAUCGCGCAAUUAGUAAUCAUGCAAUGGAAAUGUCCGGCAUUGUUUCAAAUGAAUCUGAAUUACAAACUCCGACAAAACAGAGAAAAUCUCGUAUUCCAAUACCUAUCAGCAGUGGGAAAAAAUCGAAUAAAUCAUUUUCCUUACUUCAAACAAGCGGCGAGAAUCAUAAAGAAACAGAUGCAAAACAGAUGGACGGUGAUAAUCUUGCGGAAAGCAUUCAAUUCAUGCGCAGGGCUACAACAUUUACACAAAUGAGAGACACAACAAUAAGAGCCACAGACUUAGAUGGAGAAAUUGUGCCAGAUCGAAAACCUUCAAUAUUUGAAGGUAAUCCUAUAACCAUCUCUGAUGUUACGGUCUUUUUUGAAGCACAAAGAAAAAGCAAUAGUCUUGAUCCACAAACUGUGAAUAGCUUAUGUUUAGAGCAAAAUGAAAUGAGUGGCCUUAAUGCUAUAGAAAAUGCUAAAAAGAGCUUGGAGAAUCGUUAUUUAAAUCUUACAUUGGAAGACAUAGAAAAAACCCGAUUAAGCCUUGUUCGGAUUUCAUACGAAGACCAUGAAAACAAUUAUGCGGAAGACAUAUCUCCACCAAUUGAAGCAGUUGCAAGUGAGGAUAUUGAAAAUAAUACAGAUUGGAAAAACAAGCGUCAGAGUGUGAAUUAUUUGCGUAAUGUUUCGGCUGUUUGUCGAAAAUGUAAACGUUGCCAGGACACGGUUUUAAAUGAAACAACUUCAAGUGCAUCCGAGUCUUUUGUUUUGCCUGCACUACCGCCACUUCCUGACUUGGGACUGGAUCGUCUAAGGCGUUUACGCAAACGGCCUGCUAUAGCGGAUGUUAAUUUUUUGUGGCAGCGUGUAAGUUUAGAUCGGACAAUAAUCAAUCCUCUUAAUAUUUCUGAUGAUGAUAGCCAAAUAAUAGUCGAUGUAGACGAAACUGAAGACGAGUUUAGUCCUGUAACACAAUGCAUUAGCAAUUAUAAAAGAGAUAUGUUGAGUUUUGAAAUGGAACUCUUGGGCAAACAACAAAAUGAUGCAUUUUCAGAAAAACUGCCUUUCGUUUUGAGAUUAGAUGCUCUUUUAAGUAUAAACUCAACAAAUUGGAUAUUUGAUUUUCAAAUGCAGUGUCGUGGUAUAUUACUCUUCACGCAUAAACAAAUGUUUACUUUUUCUGUACUAUUGACAUUUGAUGAAAUUGAUCCUUUGGGACACCAGAUUAGUAUAAAAUCGGUUAAACUUGAAAAGGGUCAUGUGAUGGAAAAGAAUUGGAAAGCAAUUGAUUUUGUUUUAGAUUUUCAAUUAAAACUAAAUUUACCUUUUGACAUUCAAUCUUUGUGUGAAGGUAACGAUGAAGCUGGUAUAGUAAAAAUGUUACAAACAAUCGAUCGAGUGUGUUUGGACACAAUCAAGAUGGGAAAUCAUUUACAGCGAAUAAGUUUUGCUAACCAAGCAUCGAUUAUAAGAGAUGGAUUCAGAAGUUACGUUCGUAAAAUUAUUCGAAAAAUUGUCAACGGAACUGAUGUUGAUUUAAAAUAUGUUGAGAAAACUGAAGUUAAAGUUGAAUUGUUAAAUCUUAAGAAGCUGAGCUUCAAAGAUAUUGCUACACCACCACUUCACCACUUCCGUGAAGAAAUUCAUCUACUACCAACUGGCUUGCAGUUUUUACAUGAAUUUCUACCGAACCCUUUGAAUUAUAUUAAUCAUCAUUAGUAUUAAA